AUGAUAGGCACACUGUAUUUCUUAGCGGUGCUGAGCUCCACCACAGCCUGGGGUCGUGCAGGCCUGUGGAGUGAGGGCAGGAAUGAGACAGGAGGUGGAAGUGAGGACAGGUGCACAUGUGAUGCCUUCUUGCCUACUGCCACCUUUCCUAUCAAAGACCUUGUGGAGUUGGAGCAGGCUGCUGUGGAGAUCUCACACCAACUGGAGUUGGAGAUGGGCAAGGUUGAAGAAUACGAGUCUAAGCUGACAUCCUAUGCAGAAAAGAUUGCAACGUUAACAGCAGAAAUUGACAAAAUGGAGAAGAACCCUGACAACUACAAUGACGCCGACAUGGAAGAUGUAAAGGUAGAGAUCAAACAAGUGGAGGCCCUGAUCAAAGAUCUUCAGCUCUCCAUCAGCGGCUCCACAGCUGUCUUUGAGUCCCUGCAAACUCAGAUUACAGCCAUGGUGGAAACCCUGAAUAAGCUGGAGAAGACCUAUGACAAGAAUCUUGUCCUGGCUACCCGUCGAGAAUACAUUGAGGUGCAGGCACAACUGGAGGAUUGUGAGAGACGCCACCAAGAGCUUUUCAACCCCAACAUUGGUUCUUGUGCACACACUGGUAUCACCAGGAUUGGCACACCAAUUGUUAGCCAUCUGAAUGCACAUCUUAGCACUAGCUAUAAAUAUGGAGGCUGGGGUAAAGAUUCAAAACCCAUUCCUGACAGAGAAUCUAUGUACUGGUUCUCUGGCAAAACUGGGGCUUCUAUUAGUGACAUUAGAUUCUACACUAACUACAAAAACCUCAUUUUGGGAAACCACUUCCAGCAUUACACUUUAUCGAGCGGCUGGACAGGAACAGGGAAUAACUACAUAGUCCGCGACAACACCCUUUAUUAUCAGUUAUACAGCCCUUUUGGGUUGGGGAAGUACAAUUUCACUUCCUCAAAAUAUGCGUCCAGGGUGAUUCCAGGCGCUAGCAGUCGUUUUUCCUACACCAACUCUGGUAAUCAGAAUUUUGACUUUGCAGCAGAUGAGACAGGCCUGUGGGUGACCUACGCUUCAGAGGAGUCCAGCGGGCUCAUGAUCAUUGCUAAAAUAGACGAGCCUUCAUUUGGGGUUGUGGAGGAGUGGACGACUAGCGUCUAUAAACCAGGUGUGAGCAAUGCCUUUAUGGUGUGUGGUGUUCUGUACGUCGUCAGAACCAUUGAUAUCAACACUGAAGAAAUAUUCUACAAGUUUGACACCAAAACCAAGGAGGAGAGCUACGUUAGCAUUCCCUUUGAGAGGUUCCAGGAUAAGUACUCCAACCUGGACUACAAUCCCACAGAUCAGAAGCUCUACAUGUACAAUGACGGCUACUACGUUACAUACCACCUGUGGUUUAACCACACAGCUACAACCACAGUGGAACCACAAAUGCUUCUGAGCAAAUCACCAUAA